AUGGCGAGCGUGAUGCGCGCCGCCGCCGAGGCUGCCGCGGACGUGGGCCCCGGCCCGCCCAGGCGCGGCCCGCCGGGCAGGCCGCUGCCGCACGCCGGCUCCGGCCAGCUGGGCCAGGAUCGCCACCCGGCGCAGGCGAAUGCGCAGGAGCUGGACAGGGAGAAGACGUGCCCGCUCCUUCUGAGGGUGUUUCCGAAGACUGGAGGCCACCACAGACUGGAAGACUUUGCAAAGAGGGGCCAGGAGCCCAAGGGGGAGGUUCAGAUCUACACGUGGCCGGAUGCCAACCUGAGGGAACUGACAGACCUCAUAAAGGAGGUGCAAGUGGAGGCUAGGAAGCCCAACACCAAGCUGUCUUUCGCAUUCGUCUACCCAGACAGGAAGGGGCGGAAUGUCAUGCGGCAGGUCGGGGUCACGCACUCCAGCCGCGCGGGCGAAGACGACAACAAGACCCUCAAGGCCCUCAACUUCCAGACGGGAGACUUUCUGGACAUCGCGAUCUUGUAG